AUGGUAGCCAACAUCGCGUAUAAUGGUGACCAAGAUUCUACCAAAGCCGCAUGGGAUCUACAUGCUAUUUUAGAAGGUGGUUUGGAUCUAGACUUUUCUACACUGAUCCUUGGCUUUGACUCCGAUGGUUGUCGUGAUACUCCCUGUCCAAUCAAAACUGGUGAAACUAAGAAAUUCACGUACAGACUAACAAUACCCGACUCUACACCAACUGAUAUUAAAGCUGAUGUGAAAGCUAGGUUAAUUGGCGAUUAUGGUGACUUGUUCUGCGGCAGUGUCAAUAAAGAAAUCAAGAGAUAA